CCAGUGCGGAGAAGGACCCCACCCGCUAUUUUGAGGGCCGGUUGGCGCGACUGCAUCAUUGCCGGAUGGCAGUCCAGGAUCUCGGCUUCGAGAGGCUCGACAGGCGAAAGGGCGUGGAAACCACCGGGACUUGGAGACUCGGUGGGCCCUGUCCUGCUUCCCUCCGGGUGGCGGCGCUGUGACGAGCGACUGACAGGCGCAACGAAAGGCAGCCCUGUGCUGUCUGGAGAAAAAGCAGAGGCCUGGGCUACCCGCCUCGGGAGGAGGGAGCCAAGGGCAGUGCUGGCAGCAGCGGGACACGGAGGCUGAAAGCGCGUGGGAGGCGGGGGCUCUGGGUGGAACAAGAGUUACAGGAUGUCAGAGAAGGAUGUCUCCCGGGAAGAGGCGAGCUAAAGCGUGGGUACCACUACCUGCCUCAAGACACGUGGGAGAAACGGGAAUGAGGCUGAUGUCAAAGAUCAAGGGUCCUGCGCUGAGUUCAGGGAGUUAGUUUGAUGUAGAAGGUCAUAGGUCUCACACAGGUGAGAAGGCUCUAAGGGGAGUCACAAACCCCGGGGAGUCAAAUGGUUUGGGAGGGUUGAAGCUUCUCUAGGGAGAGCUCCAUCAGGUUAGAGUUCAAGGAGAUGGUAUCUCGUGGGGGGGUCCAAGGCUGGCAAGGAGAGCCUCUAUGUCAAAGGUCAUAGGAUUAGCGGGCCCUCUAAGGCUGGCGAGAGAUGAGCGACUUCACUUGAUUUACUAUUCUAUCAUCCGUGCUCCUCUCUUGACCAGAGGGGUCCCAGCCACCAUGGAGGACCCGCACCCCAAAGAGAUCAUGGAGCAGCAGGAUUCGUCCAGGGAAAGGAGUCCCGGCAGUCCAAGAGGCGACAUCUAUGAGGAACCUGUUGUACUUGCCUAGGAAGUGGCAGAGCUGGGACUCGGUUCCAGGCAGUCUGGCCCCAGAGGAGUCUGGCUGGAAGGGCAGACUCCCUGGGUUCCAGUCUUGACUCCACCAUUUUCAUUUCCUAGCCUCAUGACUGUGGGCAAGUUGCCUAACCUUUCUGAGCCUCAGUCUGCUCACCCAUAAAACAGGUCCAAUAAGAGUUUGCCUGUACUGCUUGCUGUCCAGCCCUGGCAUAGAACCUGGCACAUAGUAAGCACUGAAUGUUAAUUGUUGGCAUGAUUCUGGGGCUUGGGAGAGGUUCCUGGAGACUCCUGCUGGCCUCCCCCGACUUCUCCCCACGUCCCUCAGGCCACCUGGGGGUCCCACAGUGCACCCGCUGCCUCAUCACCUUCGCUGAUUCCAAGUUCCAGGAGCGUCACAUGAAGCGGGAGCACCCAGCGGACUUCGUGGCCCAGAAGCUGCAGGGGGCCCUCUUCGUCUGCUUCACCUGUGCCCGUUCCUUCCCCUCCUCCAAGGCCCUGAUCGCCCACCAGCGCAGCCACGGUCCAGCCACCAGGCCCCCGCUGCCGGCUGCACCCACCACUGCCCAGCCCACCUUCGCCUGUCCUGACUGUGGCAAGACCUUUGGGCUGGCUGCUUCUCUGAGGCGGCACCGCCAGGCCCACGAGGCCCGCACCCCUCCUGGCCCCUUCGCCUGCACUGAGUGUGGUCAGGACUUUGCCCAGGAAGCUGGGCUGCAUCAACACUACAUCCGGCAUGCCCGAGGGGAGCUCUGAGUGCAGCUUAAGCCCUCCCCAGGGCAAUGGGGGCUCUGUGGCUGGUAGGACCCUCCUCUGAUAUGGGAUGGGGGCCUUGGAGGGAUUUGCUCCCCUCCCUGGAAAGGCAAAGGGCUCCUGAUAAAGAGGACCCAGAAGAUGCUUAAUUAGAGCUUCAGUCUUUGGAGGACACAGGCUUUCAGGGAAACAGUGAAAUCAGACAACAGUGAGAUCUUUUGUUUAAAAAAAAAUGAGCAAGAGAGGGAAAAUUGUUAUUUGUAUCUCCCUCAUUCUCAAUUAAAUAGUUUGAAAUCACAGCUA